AUGCCUAAUGGGAGCCUAGAGAAGUGGUUGUAUUCUUAUAAUUGCUCUUUGAGUAUUUUACAAAGGCUAAAUAUAAUGAAUGAUGUUGCAUCAGCACUAGAAUACCUUCAUGAUGGUUAUUCAAUGCCUAUUGUUCAUUAUGAUUUGAAGCCUAGCAAUAUCUUGCUAGAUGAAGAUAUGGUUGCACAUGUCACUGAUUUUGGCAUUGCCAAACUCUUAGGUGAUGGGGAUUCUAUAGUGCAUAGCAUAACUCAUGCUACAAUUGGGUAUAUGGCACCAAGUGAUGUUUCUAAUGUAUCACUAAUGUUUAACAUUUGA